AUGAAUUCCUCUAUUAAUUUUAGGGUCUUAGGUAAUCGACUCCCAAAAAUUGGAGGAUCGACUCCCAAACGUCGAGGACGUCCUGAGGACCGUCUGCGGACCGUCCUGGGACGUCCAAAUCCCCUAUUUUUUUUCACCCGAAAGUUUGGGAGUCAAUCCUCUAAAACCUCGAACCUCCAAAACCCCGCGGGUGUGUGGGAGUCGGAGCCCCAAUUUCGACUCCAGCCUAGCAAGACCCCUGCGCAGUCGUUUGGGAGUCGGCACUCCAAAAACGACUGCGGACGGGAGUCGGCACUCCAACAGCGCCCCCAGACACAGGCACAAAACCGCGCAGCCGGCAGGGAGUUGACCCUCCAAAACCGGCUGCGCAGCAGGGAGUUGGUGCUCCCAAUAGGGCAUAAAUAA